AGAAACAACACAGUUUAGCUCCUCUUUCUUUUGAUUUUAGAGAGAGAUAGAGAGAUUUGAAUGUUAACAAUUCGAAGAACCACUGCAAUCUCAUUUCUAAAUCGUGAUCCUCCGCUAGUUGGAAUUCAUCUGCGAGAUGUCAAAUUAGCUUGUGAUGUGAAAAUCUGCGAGAUCUUAAAAUUUCUGCUUAUACACAUCGAUGUUUAGAUUUUUAUUUUUAUUUUUUGUUUUAGCGAAAAAUUGAAUUGGUGAGGGUUUGGGGGGAUGAUUCGUGGCGCUAUGGAAUUUUAUGGCGUUGUUGGGGAGGAAACUUGCUGCAAUUUUAAAAUUCUGGUUCAUUUCUGAUGAUGGGGUAGAUUGAUGAAUGCUGUUGUUACGUGUUGGGCACAAGUGGAGUAGGUAUGUUUCCUGGGAAAAGUUGGAGAUUGGCUUAUUACUCUAUGCAAGACUGUAAGGACUGGUGUCCAGAUGGGUGUUGGUUACACAUUUUGGCAACACCUUGAAUGGCUGAUUCUCAGAAGAGUGGUCUUGCCGAGAGGGAUAUCGAGCAGGCCAUCACAACACUUAAGAAAGGAUCAUAUUUACUGAAGUAUGGGCGUAUAGGAAAGCCGAAAUUUUGCCCAUUUCAACUCUCAAAUGAUGAAUCUAUGUUGAUAUGGUACUCUGGUAAAGAGGAGAAGCAUCUUAAGCUCAGUCAGGUUUCAAGGAUUAUUCCCGGACAGCGAACUGCAAUAUUUCAGCGAUAUCCUCGUCCUGAAAAGGAGUAUCAAUCAUUUUCUCUCAUUUGCAAUGAUAGGUCCUUGGAUCUGAUAUGCAAAGACAAGGAUGAAGCUGAAGUUUGGUUUGUUGGUCUUAAGGCAUUGGUUAAUCGAAGUAACAAUCACUGCAAGUGGAGAAUUGAUACUAGAAGUGACAGUACAUCGUCAGACAGUCCACAUUCUCGCACAAGGAAAAAGUCUCCAUCAAUAACACCAUUUGAUCCAGGAGAUGGGCAUAUCUCUUUUGAGGAUAUUUCACAUAAUAGAUUGGGAAAGGCAUUUUCUGAUAUAUUAUCACAAACUGCAGCUGCAAAUAGUUGUAAUCAAGAAGAAUCUGCUGCGGAUUCUCUUAUCUCAUUAUCAACUGCUUCAUUAGACAACAUAAAUGGUCGAAAUUCUACCACAGAGGCAGUUCGUGUCAGUUACUCGAGUGCUAUAAGCUCAUCUAGCCAUGGUUCUUCUCCUGAGGACUUUGAUGCCCUAGGUGAUGUUUUUAUUUGGGGAGAUAGUAUUGGAGAUGGAUUGCUGGGUGGUGGUGUCCACAGAGUUGGGCCUAGGCAUCCUUCAAAGAUGGAUGCAUUUCUACCUAAGGCAUUGGAAUCAAUAGUGGUUCUAGACGUGCAUAAUAUUGCUUGUGGUGCAAGGCACGCUGUGUUAGUUACUAGGCAAGGGGAAAUCUUUAGCUGGGGGGAGGAAUCAGGAGGUAGGCUUGGGCAUGGCAUGGAAGCAGACGUGUCCCAUCCAAAGCUCAUAGAUAGUCUCAGUGGAAUGAACAUUGAAUCAAUAGCAUGUGGAGAGUAUCACACCUGUGCUGUUACAGUCUCUGGGGAUCUUUAUACAUGGGGUGACGGUACUCAUAAUGCUGGUAUUCUUGGACAUGGAAGUGAAGUCAGUCACUGGAUCCCUAAAAGAGUAACUGGUCAAAUGGAGGGCAUGCAUGUGUCAUACGUCUCUUGUGGACCUUGGCAUACAGCUGCUGUAACAUCUGCUGGCCAGUUGUUUACGUUUGGAGAAGGAUCUUUUGGAGCCCUAGGCCAUGGAGAUCAUAUCAGCACCACUAUUCCACGGGAAGUGGAAACUUUAAGAGGACUUCGAACAACAAUGGUCGCUUGUGGCGCUUGGCAUACUGCUGCGGUUGUUGAAGUAAUGACUGAUUCUUCUAGUCCUGAACCCUCUGGCAGCUCUUCAUCAGGAAAGCUAUUUUCCUGGGGAGCUGGAGAUAAAGGCCAACUUGGACAUGGUGAUAAAGAAACUAGACUUGUUCCUAUGUCUGUUGCUGAAUUGGUUGACGAACAUAUCUCUCAAGUAGCAUGCGGGGAUACUCUCACAAUCGCUCUCACAGCAAGUGGGCAGGUGUAUACAAUGGGGAGUGCUGCUCAUGGACAGCUUGGUAAUCCUACGGCUGAUGGAAUGGUUCCUACACAUGUCAAAGGUAAAAUGGCAGAAUGUUGUGUGGAAAUAAUCGCAUGUGGUUCCCAUCAUGUUGCAGUUUUAACUUCCAAAUCAGAGGUUUAUACUUGGGGAAAGGGUGCAAAUGGACAGUUAGGUCAUGGAGACAAUGGGGACAGAAAUAUCCCCACACUUGUUGGUACUCUGAAAGAUAAGCAAGUGAAGAGUAUAGCAUGUGGUUCAAAUUUUACUGCUAUCAUAUGUAUUCAUAAGUGGGUCUCCCAUGCCGAUAACUCUUUAUGCUCUAGUUGUCAUAAUCCUUUUGGUUUUAGAAGAAAACGCCACAAUUGUUACAACUGUGGGCUGGUUUUCUGCAAAGCAUGCAGCAGUAGGAAAUCUCUGAAAGCUUCUCUAGCCCCCAACAUGAGUAAGCCUUAUCGAGUAUGUGAUGACUGUUUUAUGAAACUGAAGAGGGCCUUGGAAUCUGGUUCUUCCUUGCGAAUUUCUAAAAUGAGAGGUGGGAAUGUAAGUCAUAAAUCAAAUGAUCUCGGAGACAGAGAUCUCCUGGGUCCCAAAUUGCAAACACAACUCUCUAGACUUUCCUCUUCUGACUCAGUAAAUCAGGCUAAUAGCAGACACUCUUGGCAAGGCAAAAGACUAGAGUACCGGGAUAAUCGUAUCUUUGCUUCUCCAAAUGAAAAUUUCAAGUUGCGGCCCUUUAAUUCAUUCAAAGCAUCAAAUACGACAAGAGUUUCAGUUCCUGGUUCUAGAGGGGCCUCUCGGACAACCUCUCCUCUUUCUUUAAGGUCAAGUCCACCACGUUCUUCUAAUGCAACUCUCGAUGGUUCAAAGCAUUAUAAUGACAUUCUAAGCCAAGAAAUCACAAGUUUAAGGGCACAGGUCGAAGAUCUCACCAACAAAUCCUAUCAUCUUGAAACUGAACUUGAAAGAACAUCGAAGCAGUUGAAGGUGGUCAGUGCUAUAGCAACAGACGAAGCUGAGAAAUGCAAAUCUGCAAAGGAAGUUAUCAAGUCUCUAACUGCUCAGUUGAAGGAGAUGGCUGAAAGAAUGCCAGAAGGCCAGAUUUCCGAUGGUUUAGAUUCUGAUACCAAACAUACAUCCAAUGUUCAAAAGUUAUCUUGGAGUCAUUCAACAAGUGUGAUUACUCCUGAAAGAGAGUCCAAUAGCAUUUCGACAAAUCGAAUGAUUUCUUAUGUAAAUAAGCCACAGACUGGAAGGGCAGAGUGGGUUCUACAAGAUGAACCAGGCGUGUACAUAACUUUAUCUUCCUUGCCGGGUGGUGGUAAUGAACUCAAGCGGGUCCGUUUCAGCCGGAAACAUUUCACAGAACAACAAGCAGAGAAGUGGUGGGCGGACAAUGGAGCAAAGGUUUGCGAGCGGCAUGAUAUACGAAGCAAUGAGUGAGUGAGCCUGCCUCAUUAUAGUCUUUUGAAAAGUCAGGAAAAUUUUAGGUUGACUGGUAUUUCUGAUUAUCCUCCUCUCCUCUGGAAUAUCUGUAAUUCUUUCUUUGUUUAGAGUGAAUAGUGACAUUUUACAUCAACCAAAUUAUACUUGUAGGCUCAGACAUAAGAAUUUUUAGGAGAUUUAGUAAAAGAAC